UAUAACAGUUUCCAGUCAGUGUUCCUGUUGAUCCCACUCGAACGCUUGUGUGUGAACGAAAAUAUUGUAAAAUCUAUUGUAUCUUGUCUUUUUAAGGCGUUUAAAGUAUUAAUCUUUUUGGAGUGCAUUGAUCAAUGAUCAUUUACGUUACAUUUAAGUUAAAGUUUAUAAAUCGACAUUAAAAAAGUGUAUUAUUAAAUAUUAUUUUUUUAGUCAUUUAUUUUAAUUAAAUUUGAAUCUGCAUUACUCAAUGAUUCAGCAUCAUUUAUAGAAAUUAUUUCUGUUAAAAAUAAUAAGUCUAUUUCGAUGUUUCCAAAAUCAAUAUAAAAUGUGUGAUAAUUAAUAAACUAAUUCAGAGUGGCGUUUGAAAGUUAACCUUGGAGUAUCACAGGGGCCGUUUUGGGUCCGAUUUACAUAAAAAUUUAUAUCAAUGAUGUUUCUAGAAAAGUAACCCGAAUAUUUAUUUAUUUUUUAUUGAUAGACUGCUUACAAAAUGUAUGCUCGAAUAAUAGUUAUACUCUUGGAAAUAGUAGUCAUAUUGUGUAAAGAUGUUAGUGAAAACGAACGAGCUACUAGAGCAGCGUUUAUACAACGUUUGCUGAAUAAACAGAAGAAUCUAGAAGGAAGAGUGAAGCUACUUGGAGGAACAAACAAGUUUGAAGGCAACGUUUAUGUCUACCACGCUGGCCGCUGGGGUGCAGUGUGCGAUGACUCUUGGGACGACGCAGCAGCACACGUCGUAUGCCAAACCCUCAAUAGAACUGGUAUCGCCACUCAUGGGGGACAAUUUGGAGAAGCAAUUGAAAAAUUCUGGAUGGAUGACGUAGUAUGCGAAGGUGAUGAAAAAUCCUUAUCCCGAUGUAUCUUCACUGGUUGGGGAUCAUCCGAUUGUGGAGAAAAUGAAGCAGCUGGGGUUAUAUGUACUGAAAUUGCUGAUAAUAAUAUCCCAAGUAACUUGAAGAUGAAGCCAACUAAACGUUUACACGAAGUUAUUGAUAUUGGGACUAGUAUUAGACUUGUAGGUGGUAAAAGCAGCAGUGAAGGUAGAGUAGAGAUUUACCACAACAGACGAUGGGGCAGCAUUUGCCCAGAUGGCUGGACGCUAUACGAGGCUGCAGCUGUAUGCCGUCAUUUAGCCCUUGGCUUUGCUGAACAGGCUCUCCAAACUGAUUACUUUGGCAGCUCCAGGAUUAUCCUGAGUGGUGUGCAGUGCGAGGGCAAUGAGACCAACUUGUUCAUGUGCAAGCAUCAGGAUAUUGGUGAUGUGGUGUGUCCUGGUGAAGUUGGUCAUGUAGCCGCAGUAGUAUGCACAAGGAAGCUUGCAGAUUUACUUCUGGAUACAACAGCAAUCCAAAGGUCUGCUCAUCUCCAAGAUGUACCCAUGUUCCAUCUGCAAUGUGCUAUGGAAGAGAAUUGUCUAAGCGAAUCUGCAUACGAGAUACAGAAAACCAAUACCAACUGGCAGUUCGAAACGCGACGUCUGCUGCGUUUUACAGCAUCCUCGCUGAACAUUGGCAAUGCGGAGUUUAGGCCUUAUCUACCGAAGCAUCUGUGGCAGUGGCAUCUUUGCCACAUGCACUACCACAGUAUGGAGGUGUUCGCAACGUUUGAUAUACUGGACGCUAGUGGUCGAAGAGUGGCUGAGGGUCAUAAGGCCUCCUUCUGUUUGGAAGACAACACGUGUCUACCGGGAGUGGAGAAGAAGUACUCGUGCAAGAAUUAUGGUGAUCAAGGGGUGUCAGUAAACUGUUCGGACAUAUACCAGUACAACGUGGACUGCCAGUGGGUAGAUGUGACGGAUGUCGUACCGGGAGACUACACUUUCAAGGUCGCAGUGAAUCCUCACGCGCGUAUAGCAGAGCAGAGUUACCACAACAACGCCGCGUCGUGUGUGCUCCGCCUUACAGAGACAUACGCUUACGUUUACGACUGUAAAUUGCUAAGGCCUUAGUAGUUUACAGUCUUAGGUCCAACGCACACGGGCUGACUGGAGUCGAGCCAAACUUUUUUGAUAACAAUUACUAUGCAUUUUAUAUAUAUAA